CGGCGGCGGCAGCAGCGGUUCUCAGAGCGGCGCCUCUCCGGCUCUCAGACGGGCGGCGGCGGGGAGCUGCGCCCCGAAACGGCGCCCACCGCCCAGGCGAGCUGCAGCACGAGCGCUCCCGCGCCGCGGCCGCCGCCGCGCUCCGGCCCGGACCGCGGCGAGGGGCGGCGGCCCCGGCCCCGGCCGGCUCGCGGCGCCCCCUGGCCGCGCCCCCGCGCGCAGCUCGCGGCCCCGGCCAUGGGGCUGGGCGGGCCCGGGGCUCGGCCGAGCUGAGGCGGUGGCGGCCCGCGCGCCCCUGGGGCCCGCCCCCGCACCCCGCUCGCCGGCGCCUGGCUCUCAUGAUGAUGAAGAAAAAGAAGUUUAAGUUUAGGGUGGACUUCCAGCUCGAGGAGCUCUCCUCGGUGCCCUUCGUCAACGGGGUCCUCUUCUGCAAGAUGCGGCUGCUGGACGGCGGCAGCUUCACGGCCGAGUCCCCCAGGGAGGUGGUGCAAGCCAACUGUGUUCACUGGAGGAAGAAGUUCUCGUUCAUGUGCAAAAUGAGCGCCAGUGCCGCCACGGGCAUCCUGGAUCCUUGUGUCUACAGGGUGUCUGUGCGCAAGGAAUUAAAAGGUGGAAAAGCUUAUGCAAAGCUGGGCUUUGCAGAUCUAAACCUGGCAGAGUUUGCUGGGUCAGGAAGUACCACUCGUCGCUGUUUACUGGAAGGCUAUGAUACCAAAAAUACGAGACAGGAUAAUUCCAUCCUUAAAGUUUUAAUCAGCAUGCAGCUGAUGUCCGGCGACCCGUGUUUCAAAACGCCUCCUUCUACGUCAAUGUCCAUACCGAUUGCUGGGGAAGCUGAAUCUCUGGAAGAAGAUAGGAAAGGGGGAGAGACCCUCAAAGCCCAUCUUGGAAUAGCAGAUCUCUCAGCAAAGAGCGCCUCUAUUCCAGAUGAACUUGGUGCCUGUGGACACUCGAGAACAUCGAGCUAUGCAAGCCAGCAGUCCAAAGUGUCAGGGUACAGCUCCUGCCACUCGCGGUCGUCCAGCUUCUCCGAGUUCUGCCACAGGAGGAACACGUCCGUGGGAAGCACCUCGACAGGCAUCGAAAGCACCCUAGAACCCUGUGACGAAGUGGAGCAAAAAGGGGCGGAAGCAGACCUGGAUGCAGCUGACAAGGAAGACACAGCUUCCGAAACUCUCAACAGAUGCCCAGUGAAACAGGAUUCGGUAGAAUCUCAGCUGAAGCGGGUCGAUGACACCAGAGUGGACGCAGAUGAUAUUGUAGAGAAAAUCUUACAAAGCCAGGACUUCAGCCUGGACUCCAGUGCAGAAGAGGAGGGACUGCGGCUCUUCGUGGGCCCCGGGGGAAGGACCACCUUCGGCAGCCACCACCGGACAAAUCGGGUGGCGUCUGGAGCUUAUGAACAAGUUGUGAUCAAGCGCUAGAAGCUGAGCCAGGUCGGGAGCCUCCCUGGGGGUCAGGGAUGCAGGCUGCUGAGCCGACAAGGCACUGACUCAGGCACGUCUGAGAACACGAACCUCUUUGAAAAGGGAGCCUGUCCACCUGCCCAGAGGAGAGCCAGCAGUGGUUCCUUCUCUGCGAGGGCCCUCCAUGGUCCUUCCCCCUCUGAGGUGACGUUGGAGCGGUGGGAGCGAGGCCGCACGGCCUGCGUGUUUAGAGCUCCACGGCUUCCACGGUCAUGGCACGUGGCACCUGAAAGACUGCUUGUCGUUUCAGAGCUUCCCGGUGGGGAGAGCCGCACUCCCCGCCCGGCGUCUGGUUUUGCUGCUGACGUUCAAAACCCGCGAUCAAGGUGCUCCGCGGUCUGGGCUCUGAUUUCUUCACUGUGUGUUUGAGAGACAAUAAGCGAAGACGGAAACCCGAUAAACUCUGUCAAGAUAGUUAUGAUUCCAGUUAAAGAAAUCCAUAUUGUGCUACCUACAGUAUUGUACUAAGUUCAUUAACUCCUUUUAAUACAGUAAUUGAUAUAAAAGUGUGGGUGUUCCUGCUUUGAGAAAAAGUUAUACUGCAAUUGAGACAUGUAAAAUGCUUGCUUAAUCUAAAUGUAUCCAUUGAGUAACAAGUGUAUUUAAGUCUGAGAUAAUGAGUGGGUAUUAGGCCACUGUUAGGCAGUAUGUAUUGUUCCUCGUUCAUAUUAAAUGAGCUGCAGAAUCCCCACCGGCACAGUGUAAGCAAUUCGGGAGAAGUUCAGCAGUGUUUGGUGUGAGGCGCUCUGAUAUCAGCACUGACUUAACUAACCAAAUGAUGUCUGUGGGUUUCAGGAGUCAGCGUUUAGAACAACUGGAGGGAAGCAGUGAUACAAUGAGAAACAGAGCAGCCUUUUCUCUGCGAGUUCACACUUAGGUUCCUGAAAUUGAAAACGAUUCCCAGGAGGGGGUGGAUAACGCAGGGAACAGCCGCUUCACCUGCACCCGUGCUCUUCUUUCUUUAGCCCCUCCCCCUCCCUGUGAGCACAUUCUAAGCUUUCUUCUUACUGCAUCAAAAAUCGGUUGUUUUGAGGCAAGAAUAGACUAUAACAUACAUCAAACAGAGCUUUUAAAGUAAGGGAAUCUUAUCAGCACAGCAGACAAAUCCUGAAGAGUUUUUCUGGUUUUAUGUGGCAGUUUCUGUGUGGAAAGAUCCUAAAAUUAGGAUCUUGGAAUCACUUAGUGAAGAAAAAUGUAGAUUCUGUAAAAUCAGAAAUUCCCAGUUUUUACUUUCAAAACCACGUCCGAGUAACGUGAUGUGUUAGAAUUACUUUGGUCUAGGUAUUUUCAUGUUGGCAAAAAUGUUACUGCUUUUGCAUAAGGCAAAAAUGUUAUUUUUAAGAAAACAGUAUUUUAAUAUCCAAAUUGAGAAGUUGGCGAACAUUUAAAUAGUUCAUGUAAGGACUUUGGGGGUUUUCUUUUCUUUUUUUUAAAAAUAUUUUAAGGAUUGGGUAUUCCAAAUGAACCCAAAACAACUUUUACAAGUAGAUUCUGAGAUUUUAAGAGAUGACAUCCCCAUGUAGAAUAUUUUGAAUGUCAAGAGACAAGGUUUUCUGAGCCAUCCAACUUUCUUUUUUGUGAUUCAUGUUGAAAGAAAAAAAAAGAACUGACCCAAAGAUUUAAGUUUAGCCAAGAAAAACGUCUCAAGUGAUAGAGACUCGCUGUCUUGGAGUAAACAAGUGAAUGAUUCAUUCAUUGUGUAUUAUAGGAAAAAAUCAAAGAAAGUUUUCAACAGAUAUGAUGAUACUGUCUAGAAAGAGAUUUAGUAUUAUAACAUGUUUUAAGAACCUAUUUUUCUAUUUUUGAAAUAUUAUUUCUAGGCUAUAUUUCUUAUUGGCGCUUCUGCAAAUGCUUAUACAGUCUUGAAUGAUCACUAAUGUCCAGACUGUAGGCGAGUUCAGUGAGGACACUGUGACCCGGGCACUGGCCCUCUGGCUUGCCCUUGGCUGCCCUUGGCCAGUACCUUUACACAAAACUGGCUCUCAGUAUUUAAAAAUGAUACAGCAUUGUUUUUUAAACCCAAAAUGCAGAUUUUCGAAAAGCAUAAAAAUCAUGCCUUUAGACAUUCAGCAGCCACUGGGUAACAUCUUGAUCUGUGUAGGAGUCAAGGUAACAAACAUUUUAAUAAGUAGUAACUCUAGGAAGAAAAGAGGGAGCAUUCCUCUGUAGCCAGGGAAGUCUGGACUCGGUUUGGUCUAGUUCAUGUUCCAUCAGCAUGCUUUGCAGCCACGUUUCAUUCAUCACAGCCCUUAGAAAUAUGUGUUCAAGGCUGCCUGUGCGGCUGCCUUACUUCCAAGUUUUUCUUUUCCUUAGAGCAUGUACUGUUAAUAUCUUAACCAUGUAGCUAUUGCAGAAAAAAAAAUCUGCUUAUUCAAUACCAAGUCCCCUUUUGGUUUCAUUUUGAGUGUAGCAAAUGGACUUUGAAAACGUAGAUCUUAAUACAUCGAUUUCUCAAUCUUGAGCUCCAAUUUCAGAUCCCCAGCCUUUGGGGAAUUUGCAGAUGUGCAACAUUUUCUGACCCUGUGCCAGAGAAGAAAAGAUUAGUGGUAUUUUAAAGCUAGUAUUUGUGAUAAGAGUCUUAAAUGCCUCGUUUGGGGGAAUUUCAGAAGAAGCGGGCCCCGAGGCCACUUCCUGUGACUUGUGCUGGUGACCGAGACCAGAGGGGAUGAGAAGGGUGGCUGGGGACGGAGCAGGCCCUGGGCCGUCACUUCACACUUGGAUGGUUGACUCCCCUUGGUGGCGGUAAGAAGGCUCUCUACACAAAUAGCUGACUUGGAUGAGUAUUUAUAAUCAGACCAAGUCUAGACCAAGAAUCUUAAAGUAUCUACUAGUCUCCAGUCGGAACACAGUCAGGUAGCAACAACUUCUAGUAAAUUAAAACACCCAGACAUAACUCCAGGCUUUAAGAUUUCCAUGCUGAUGAUCACUUGGCAAGCUCCAGCUGGCAGGAUGCUUCGACAUGCUAUGGAAGCACUCGGAAGAGUCAGGCUUCCAGGAUAUAUAAUGAUGCUCUGGAGAGCCCAGGCUCAUUUGACGGGCUGUGCUUUAUUCUGGCAGGUCUCUAACUGGGGCGGCUCAGAAACUCCACUUGGUCAGUUCGUCUCCCCGGUUCCUCACGUGACUAUAAUCAGGUACUGUAGUUGCUGUUGUGUUUUGCCGCUAUCGAUGUGUUGGCUUAGGUACUGUGCAUAAUUUUUAAUAGCUGAGAUGUUAGAGAAUAAAAAUAAAUGUAAAGGAUGAAGUAGGCCUCUAUUAACCCUGUUUUAAGACUGCCCUGGAAAUCAGGCCUUAUUAUUCCCUUAUAUAUGUGACUUUUCAUAUGAUAAUAUACAGGGGGGAGCAAAAGUAGGUUUACAGUUCAUAUGGAAAAUAAUACAAUAAUAAUAAUCUAAGAAGAAACUCAUGUUUUGCAGAAUCACAACUGUAAACCUUCUUUCAUCCCACUGUGCACACACACCGUGUAUUUUAAAUGGUUGUGUAGCGAUUGCUAGCUACUCCUCUCUACAAUAAAGCUGACAGAUGUUUUAAUUUACGCAGGCUAUAUGUUCUGCAUUUACAAAUGUUUAUGUUCAUCCUGUAUAUGUAAGAAAACUCUCUCGCUGAUACUCAUUGACCAAAUCCCUUGCAGAGAAAGACAUUUAAGGUACAUUCAGUUCGAUUAUAUUUUUUGGAAAUAUAUCUUAUUGGGGAAUUGCCCUUGUCCUAUGCAUUUAUUCUUGUGGACGUUGAUACAGCUGUGAGUAGUCGCGUAAAUGUUUAUGGAAAAAAAUUGUUAUUGAAGUGAUUCCAUUAGUAUCCUGAUACUUGGAGAAUGACCUUCAUUUUCAUAUAUUUCUUUGUUUUACCUGCACAACUAUAAAUCCAGGAAGUGUUUUUCUUUCUUUUUUUUUUUUUACAAAAACUAAUUUUUUAUUGUAAAGUAUUUGUAAUAAAUGUCAAGGUGAAGCUUAUACAUGAUCAAUAAAAAAUCUUAAAGUUUA